AUGUCGCUAAGCCCGCCUGCCUACCUCAGUUCACUCCAAAACAAUAUUCGCGCCCGUCCAAUUCCCUGGGACGGCGCCGUCCGGGCUGGAAACCUUACCGAAGACCAACUCAAGAAGAUCCGAUCGGUUGACAAGGUCAGGAAAGAGCAGAGAAGGCAGACGAUCGAGCAAGAUGUGAACAGCUACAGCACCCUGCUAAUUGGCGGCUCGGAGGGUGGAAGCGUGCUCGAAAAGGCUUUCAAACGAACCGAUAUCAUCCAAUAUAUCAUGGUGUUGGCAACAGACUUGAUCAAUGAUGCAACGACUCUGGCCACUGCUAUCCUGGAACAACCCGAACCAUACAAGAUCUUCCUCUCCCUUCUCAAUCAGUCCGGCAAUCCGGAAGACCCGAUUCCCCUUCUCUCGGCCACAUUUCUGGUCAAUCUCAUUGCUAUCUCUUUGACGACAUCAUCAAAGCCAACCGCCCGAGACGAGGAAGCUCUCCCACAGCUCUACUCCUAUCUUGCCAAGCUCGUGAAGAACCAAGACAGCGGCUUACAAGACAUUGGCGUUCAACACAUGUCACAGGUGCUCCGAACGAGGCGGUCCAAGGAACUGUUUUGGAAUCAGAGAAACGACACUGUCGACCCGUUGUUUGACAUCUUGAGGAAAGCGGUGGGCGCAGCCAAGGACAACGAUUCUACACUGUGGAAUGGCGCCACAAGCAUUAGGAGCAGUGACACCAGAUUCGGGGGAGCGGUUAGCCUGCAGCUGAUGUAUCAUGUACUGCUCGUGAUAUGGCAGCUCAGUUUCGAGGGCGAACUGGUUGGCGAGGGUCUCGAAAAGGACGAGGAGAUUGUGCCACUGUACACACAACUCUUACGAAUGUCACCCAAGGAAAAGACAACGCGCCUUCUAGUAGCGACGUUGAAAAAUCUACUGUCAACCAACAAGGAUACGUUGAUUGCAACAGCUACGACGGCAAGGCUACCUGCGCUUCUGAGCAAUCUCUCUGGCCGACAUCUGACGGAUCCCGAUUUGCUGGAAGAUCUUGACGCACUCAAGAGCAUGUUGGACGAAUACACCAGAAACCAGACAACGUUCGAUGAAUACGCCGACGAAGUCAAUUCCGGCCAUCUACGUUGGUCGCCCCCGCACCGCAAUCCAACGUUCUGGAGAGAAAAUGCGCGAAAAAUCGUUGAGGAUAAGAGAGGCGGGCUUCCUAAGAAGUUGGCCGAGAUUUUGUCUAAGAAUUGGGAGGCAGACAAGCAGGUGUUGGCGAUCGGAUGCAAUGAUGUUGGUAAUCUGGUCAAAGAAGUGCCGGAGCAUCGAUCGACGCUGGAGAAACUUGGGCUCAAAGCCCGCCUUCUGGAGCUGAUGGGAGACCCGGAUGAGAAUGUGCGAUGGGAGAGCUUAAAAGCUGUGGGAGAAUGGAUGCGAUAUACCUUUGACAAAUGA